AUGAGCCAGAACCGGCCAUCGGCCUUCUCCUCGCUAAGAAUGGGUGAAAUCAUCCACGAAAAGGUGCAAGACGGUUUGACCGGCGAAUACAAGUCGCUCUCCUACACGCAAUGCAAGAUAGUUGGCAACGGAUCCUUUGGUGUUGUCUUCCAAACCAAGCUGUCGCCUAGUGGGGAGGAUGCCGCUAUCAAGCGUGUGCUUCAGGACAAGCGCUUCAAGGUGAGCCCGCACGACCAUGUCAAGCAUGUCAAGCGAGUCCGUGCUGACCUCCACCAGAACCGUGAACUGCAGAUCAUGCGCAUCGUUCGACACCCCAAUAUUGUUGAGCUCAAGGCCUUCUUCUACAACAAUGGCGAGCGGAAGGAGGAGGUCUACCUCAACCUGGUGUUGGAGUACGUGCCUGAAACCGUCUAUCGUGCGUCGCGCUACUUCAGCAAGAUGAAGACUGUCAUGCCCAUCUUGGAAGUCAAGCUCUACACCUACCAAUUGUUUCGAUCGCUCGCCUACAUCCACUCACAGGGCAUCUGCCACCGAGACAUCAAGCCCCAGAAUCUUCUGCUCGAUCCUUCAACAGGUGUGCUGAAGCUUUGCGAUUUCGGCAGUGCAAAGAUACUGGUUGAGAACGAGCCUAAUGUAUCGUACAUUUGCUCCAGAUACUACCGGGCUCCCGAACUCAUUUUUGGUGCUACCAACUACACCACUAAGAUUGAUGUUUGGUCCACUGGGUGCGUCAUGGCCGAGCUUAUGCUCGGACAGCCGCUUUUCCCUGGAGAGUCGGGCAUUGACCAGCUGGUUGAGAUCAUCAAAGUCUUGGGAACUCCCACGCGUGAUCAGAUUCGCACCAUGAAUCCAAAUUACAUGGAGCACAAGUUCCCGCAAAUCAAGCCUCAUCCGUUCAAUAAGGUAUGCUCCGGCAGUUGCGACUCACCAUAUCAUUCAACUUACACGGCCAAGGUUUUUAGAAAGGCAGACGCCAACGCCAUCGACUUGAUCUCCAAACUAUUGGAGUAUACCCCAACUCAACGGUUGUCCGCUGUCGAUGCCAUGGUGCAGCCCUUUUUUGAUGAACUGAGGGAACCAGGUACUCGUCUGCCAGAUUCACGUCAUCCCAAUGGCCCAGCCCGAGACCUCCCGGAGCUCUUCAACUUUACCUUGCACGGCAAGUGAUUCUGUACUCCCAAACGCUUCCCCGCUGACAUACGAACCAUUUAGAACUUUCCAUUGCUCCCCAUCUAAACCAAAAGAUUGUCCCACCACACGU